AGAAAUUUCUUUGCAGCACAAAAAGUUUAAUUUAUUUGUCUCUGUCUCUACUGCGAGUAUGAGGAGGGGAUUAUAGGAAGGGAAAGCAGUAGGCGAGGAGAACUAAUGGUUGCUCCAGGCAUCCGGUUUCGGCCUCAGUCGGCUUCCGGAAGUUCAUCUCAAAAUGCUGAACUGUAUUUUGCAAGUCGCCGGUGUUGUAGUAGUUGGAGUCUGUUCACGGGCCUGAGCCUGUGGCCAGGCUCUUGGGUGUCGUUAAUGUUCGGGGCCGCCGGGCGCCAACCGAUCGGAGCUCCAGCAGCCGGGAACAGCUGGCAUUUCAGUAGAACCAUGGAGGAACUGGUUCACGACCUUGUCUCAGCAUUGGAAGAGAGCUCAGAACAAGCUCGAGGUGGAUUUGCUGAAACAGGAGACCAUUCUCGAAGUAUAUCUUGCCCUCUAAAACGCCAGGCAAGGAAAAGGAGAGGGAGAAAACGGAGGUCAUAUAACGUGCAUCACCCAUGGGAGACUGGUCACUGCUUAAGUGAAGGCUCUGAUUCUAGUUUAGAAGAACCAAGCAAGGACUAUAGAGAGAAUCACAAUAAUAAUAAAAAAGAUCACAGUGACUCUGAUGACCAAAUGUUAGUGGCAAAGCGUAGGCCAUCAUCAAACUUAAAUAAUAAUGUUCGAGGGAAAAGACCUUUAUGGCACGAGUCUGAUUUUGCUGUGGACAAUGUUGGGAACAGAACUCUGCGCAGGAGGAGAAAGGUAAAACGCAUGGCAAUCGAUCUCCCACAGGACAUCUCUAACAAACGGACAAUGACCCAGCCACCUGAAGGCUGUAGAGAUCAGGACAUGGACAGUGAUAGAGCUUACCAGUAUCAAGAAUUUACCAAGAACAAAGUCAAAAAGAGGAAGUUGAAAAUAAUCAGACAAGGACCAAAAAUCCAAGAUGAAGGAGUAGUUUUAGAAAGUGAGGAAACGAGCCAGGCCAAUAAAGACAAAAUGGAAUGUGAAGAGCAAAAAGUUUCAGAUGAGCUCAUGAGUGAAAGUGAUUCCAGCAGUCUCAGCAGCACUGAUGCUGGAUUGUUUACCAAUGAUGAGGGAAGACAAGGUGAUGACGAACAGAGUGACUGGUUCUACGAAAAGGAGUCAGGUGGAGCAUGUGGUAUCACUGGAGUUGUGCCCUGGUGGGAAAAGGAAGAUCCUACUGAGCUAGACAAAAAUUUACCAGAUCCUGUCUUUGAAAGUAUCUUAACUGGUUCUUUUCCCCUUAUGUCGCAUCCAAGCAGAAGAGGUUUCCAAGCUAGACUCAGUCGCCUUCAUGGAAUGUCUUCAAAGAAUAUUAAAAAAUCUGGAGGGACUCCAACUUCAAUGGCUACAAACUGGACCAGUGAGAUUCCCCUAUAAACCAAAUCUUCUAAUGCUAAUAAAUUAGUUACGUUUUGAACAUCUGGGGAAUGACAUUCGAGGGAACCUGGCUCCUGUCCUCUUCCCUGGAGGAAUAUCACUGAAGUGAGAGCCUCUUUGAUGAAAAGAUGGGGCUGUUUUUGCUGGAGGACUGGUAUUCUUCCUUUUAGUCAGAAGUGAACCUGACUGGGGAGGCUUUCUAGGCAUUUAGGUUGGCCCAGGGUGGAUAGAAACUACUGUACAUUUUAUAUAUUUUUCUCUUUUAUGAUUUUUUUUACAUUGAAUCUAUUUAUGUAUACUUGCUUUGCCAAAAUGCUAACAAAGCUAGAAAUUUAAAACUUCCCAAUCUAACAAGUAUUCCUUAAUGUUUAUAUUGUGACUGAUUAAGAAUUAAUUUUUCAUAUCUGACUGUUGUAAAUAAAAAUCGUGAUGCAUUGACAUUUAUGGUUCAUUUUUAGAGAAGUCUUAUAUAACCAGCGUUAUUUAAAAUAUUUGCAUUUUACUCAGGGUAUUUUAACAAGGGCUAUGAUGAGUAGUAGGUAAGGUUGAUAAUCUUUGCUGGAGUUUGUAUUUUGUUCAGCUUACUUUCUACUUGGGUAAUCUGCUCUGUAUUGCAAACUCAUUGUAUUUUAUAGUAUAGUUUUCAUUGUACUGCAAAAAUCAUCCUCUUUCUAAAUUAGCCACAGUGAUAACUAGUCUGCACUAGUACAAUCAUUUACCUUUUAAAUUAUCUGCUUUGUCUGAUACCUGAAACACGUGAAAAUUAUUAUUUUGGUUUAGAGCUUAAUGAAACAUGUGAAAGCUGGUAUUUUUAACAAAUACUGUGUGAUUCUGAAUCAUAUCAUCAUGUUUAAAAGUGAGAGCUGCUUGUACAUCUUUAGAAUGGCAGACCAUAUGUGUCACUGUGAGUGUCAGAAAUACUUGCAUGAGCUCAUUUUCACCAAGCGGGGGGAAAUGUAAUGUUUCUGUUGAUGGUAUAAUUUAGACACUAUAGUAAGUUCAGACCAUUUGAGUUCUUCAAAAUGGUUAUAUUAAAAUGAUAUUUUUAUUAAGCUUCAAUAAUGAAAAACAAUGUGAUUUAAUAUGUGUAUUUUUAUAUUAUUGUAUGGAUUAAUUGUUAAUUCAGCAUUUAACUUAAAUAUGAUUGGAAAGGAAACUUUAAGUUGCCAUUGUCUUUACCUAAAAUUUUUAAAGUCUGGACUAUUUCAGCAAAUGCAUGAAGCAGGAAUGUGUGACAUCUCCUUUUAGACUGCUUGUCUAAUAUGGAGAGAUUAAAAAUGAUAAAAUGCAACUUUGAGUCUCUUCACCUUUGCAUAUUUAAAGUGAUAUUUAAAGGUACAAUAGUGUGGUGUUGAUAAUUGUAAGUAAGCUUUUCUGUGCUAUGUCUUUGGAGUGAAAAUUCAUGUUUUUUUCUGAAUUACAUAAAUGCUUUUGUUUUAUUUUGUAUGAUUGUCUUUUAGAUCUGAAUAAGUCACUUUACAACCUUAGCCUAUGAACUUUGCCUUAUCAAUCAUGAAUCUCGAUGAAUGCUAUCUAGUUCUUGGUUCAGUUUUACCUAUUUUUAUUUUUGGUUCACUGCUUGCUUGAGCAUAGCUGGGAUUUGUAGCCCAUUUUCUAGGCUUAUUGCAAUCUCACUGUGGUAUUUUAUAGAAGCUAUUACAACUGAUAGGCUAGCUUCAUGGUAUUGAUGAUACAUGGCUUAACCAUACUAAAAGCUGCCUUCCCUCUCUAAAUUGUAAAAAGGUGAUUAAGUUUCCACUUGAUGGAGAUAUACUAUAUAUGUGUGUUUAUCAUGGAACUAGUGCAUUAGGCCAUAAACUGUUUUUCUGGUCUAUGUUUUUUGUAUUUAAAAUUUUACUGAAGAUAAUAGACUCCUUCGGGUUUUCUUUCUUUCAACCCUGAAUUGUCCUUGUUUGGAUUUUUAAGUACUGUAAUUUUUUUUUUUUUCAAUAAAAUCUCUGACUUGGGCAAGAAAGGUAA